UCCAUAGUGGUGUUGCAAGAGUCAGUGCGGUUGUUACGUGCGGUCGUCGUUGUCUUCGUCAGUGCGAUUCCAAAUGUCGUUGCGUCGGGUGUUGCAGGUACAACAAUAAUAACAGAUCGGAAGGGUUUGGCGCCCGUUGAUUCCAACAAAGAACCUACCGCAAACAAUAGUAUUCGCGAAAAGUGUCGCUCUCCCUCUUCUGUGUGCGGUGCAGUGAUCAUCCUGUGUGUGUGAUUAUCAGAUGAUUAUCACUAAUAAUUCGCAGUUUUUCGCAGUUUGGAAAUAUUACAUUGUCGAAAAACGCGGAGCGGACCGGUGCCGAACCAACAGUCAGAACCUGUAAAAACCGCGUGAACGUGAAGUGGAAAGGAAACCAAAAGGGGCCGAAAGAAGUCGAAAAAAAUAAAAACACAUCAAGCAAUAAAAAUUACUAUUGUUUGGAUGGAUUUAUAAUUUUUAUUGUUUGCGCAAUAAAAGUAAAUAUCGGUCUCGAGAUAGAGAGCAGAGAACACACACACACACAGCAGAGUCGAAAGUCGCUUAGCGGAGUCGAACGAAGAACUUCAAGGCGAAAUAUAAAUAUUUCCACCACUUUUUUUUAUCUUAGUGUGUUGUUUGGCUGUUCGAAGAGGUCUCUGCGGGAGGAAAAACGCAAAGAAGAAGCAGAACGCCGAAACCUUUUAGUGGAAGUAAUGAAAAUUUUGGGUAAUUAUAAUUACCAAAAUGAGAAAGAGCAAUUAAACUGUGUUAGGAAAUAUGGAAAUAAAAUGUAAGUGAAUAGAGAGGUGAACCCCGAAGAAGUGGUUAGCUAGAAAGGAAAAAAAACGCAAUAAGAAGGAACGAAUCAUUAAAAUACGAUUACCAGAAAGCAAGCAGAAAAAAACUUGGGAAGUGCGCGCUUUCUUGGGGAACGGAAUGGCGAAAUACCCUUAAAUAUCAAGACACGAUAAAAUUAAACAAACAGAGAAAAAUAUACAUAGAAAACCGGUGUGACAUUUCUGCUGAAUUAUUUAUAUGGUCGAUCGUAAAUACACCAUUUAUAUACAUAAAACACCGGAAAAUUGGUGGGGAGUGCUGCUGGGAUUGCCUCAGCCAGAGAUUCCCUCCCCCUCGACCACCACAAGACCAACCCAAAACAAGUGUAAGUGUUGAAGAGCAUUAGACAAAAGGCGAGAAUAAGCAAAGAAACUUGAUGACAAUUGUGUGUCACCGUGGUUGUCGUCACGAUAGCAUUAAGCGGAAGAAAAUAAGUUGGCGGAAGAAAUCGUGUAUUCUCAAAGUGCGGCACAUGAUACGCAUAACAAGAGACGUUGUUCCGUUAACGAAUUUUUGAGACGUAAGAACCCGAGAAUCAGUGGAAGCUCCACAUUGCUCCACAUCCAGAGCAAGUGGGUGUGUGUGUGUGUGUGUGGGUGUGAGAGCGCAAAUUGGGUGCAUCGCUCGGUCCCACCUGAUAAAAUCGAGUGUUACAUACAAACAGGAAAUAGCUAAAUCCUCCACGCGCUCUCGAGUAUGUAUCUGUGUUAGUGUGAUCCUGGUGCUUGUUUUGAUUAGAACUGAAACCCAUCCGAGUUUGAUGUAUCCAGUGCAAGGAAAUGGUUCCGGGUGAAACAAGUAAUUGAGUGUGUUAAUAGCCGUUACAAAACAAUACGUGUAUACUAGUGGUGACAUUUGAACCAAAAUGCCAGCAGAUACUCCGCCUCCGGUCGAUUCGCCCCCCACCGGACUGGACAGUUCAGAUCGCCGUCCAGCAUCGGUCCCUUCGACGAUCGGUGGCCUCGCGGGAGCGGGAUUCAAACGAGCCAGCCUCCUAGACAAAUCGGAACAUCUGCUAAAACCAACAAUGAACCAGAACCAGCAGUUCUGUCUCCGGUGGAAUAAUUACCAAACAAACCUAACCAGCGUGUUCGACCAGCUGCUGCAAAGCGAAUCCUUUGUGGAUGUGACGCUGGCCUGCGAUGGCCAAUCGAUCAAGGCUCACAAGAUGGUCCUCUCGGCGUGCAGCCCGUACUUUCAGACGCUUUUCUUCGACAACCCCUGUCAGCAUCCCAUCGUUAUCAUGCGAGAUGUGAAAUGGCCCGAGCUGAAGGCUAUCGUUGACUUUAUGUACAAGGGAGAGAUCAACGUGAGUCAGGAUCAAAUAGGGCCUCUGCUCAAAAUCGCCGAGAUGCUGAAGAUUCGUGGUCUAGCCGACGUAAAUGGUGACCAGGAGGUGAAUCAAGUUGAAAACGCAGAGCCGUCGGGAGGCGACCAGGAUGAGAAUAUUGCCACCAACGAAAGCAACCGCAAUUUGUCCCGGGAUGCUAUAAAGAGUGAGAAUCGUCUUGCACAGACCGACUUGUCUCACAACAAUAACAACAACAACAAUAACACACCGACUCACCUGUCCAAGAAGGCCAGAACAUCCCGGGAGCGGGAACCGAGCCGGGAUAUCUCCGUCAGGGAUUUCCCGAGAGAUCUCUCGCGGGAUAUGUCCCGCGAGUUGAAUGUGGUGGCGGCGGCAGCUGCAGCGGCUGCCUCCGGCGAGUGGCCCCUGAGUGCGGCUCUCGAUACCGUGCAGGCUUCCACCCCGAAGAACAAUCGCAAGCGCCGUUGGCCGUCGGGCGAGCGGAGCAGUGUUGGCAGCCCGGCCGACAGCACUCCGGACACACUGGAGGUUCCCUCGCCGAUCGCUCCGACUCCGUCCUCGAUUGCGCAACCGGCUUCGACGCCGAACCCGCUGCCACAGUUUCCCAUCCCACCUGCGCUCGACCAGAUGGCUGGCCUGUCGUCGCUGUCCACCAUGACCAACCAUCCGGACGAUAUGGAGAUAAAGCCGGGCAUCGCCGAGAUGAUCCGUGAGGAAGAAAGGGCAAAGCUGUUGGAGAACUCCCAGGCAUGGCUAGGUGCAUCAACCUCAUCGAUAGCAGGCACAACACUAUUGAAGGAAGCUGCCUGUACGCCACCUACUACCUACGCAGAAAGUUACCAGUACCAGCUGCAGUCGAUGUGGCAGAAAUGCUGGAACAGCCAGAACCUUAUCCACCACCUUCGCUUCCGAGAACGCGGUCCGUUGAAAUCCUGGCGUCCCGAGACGAUGGCCGAAGCCAUCUUUAGCGUACUAAAAGAAGGCCUAUCACUUUCCCAAGCGGCCCGGAAGUAUGACAUUCCCUAUCCGACGUUCGUGCUGUACGCAAAUCGUGUUCACAACAUGCUCGGGCCAUCGAUUGACGGUGGCACCGAUUUGCGACCGAAAGGACGAGGCCGGCCCCAGCGCAUUCUGCUCGGCAUAUGGCCAGACGAUCACAUCAAGGGUGUUAUCAAGAGUGUGGUUUUUCGCGAUGUCAAAGAGAUAAAGGAAGAACCGAUCAUGUACGGCAGACAUUCGCCAUUUCCGUUCCAAGAUAAUCCAUUGAACUACACACCCAACGCUAACGGCCAAAUGCCAGCCACUGGUGCCGAAGGUAUGUCUCAAGAAGCGCUCACAGCCGCAACUGUGGCCGCCGUGCGACAGCAAAUGUGUAACAUGGUAGCGGCCGCUCAACACCAUCCGGAGGCGGCUGCCAAUCUGGUAGGAUUCAACCUACCCCAACAUCACGCUAAUAUGAACUUACAUUCGUCUGGAAAUGCCGGUGGCUCCGGCGGAGGUAUUCCAGUUCCCAAACUCGGCUCACCAGCCGUAACGAACCAAGGUCAAGGCAAUAACGGUGGCACUGGGGGUAUUCAAAUGCCUCGACUCGGCUCCCCUGCAGGAUCGAACAUAACGGCAAGCAAAGAUCAUGAUCACCAUGGACCGCCUAGCCUAAAUCAGGGUGGUAAUCCAAGUACAUCUACCGGUAAUAACAACAACCACAGCAACAAUAGCAGCAGCAACAAUCGCUCCGAGACGAAUCGUAACAGCAGUCACACGUCCAGCAACUCCAACGUAAACCACCACCAUCCGUUAGCUCAUCUGAACAGUGGAAGCCUCAGCAUAACCCGCCUUGGAUCUCCAGCUUCCGCCCAUGACCUUCGCAUGACAACCCCACCGACGGAGGAAAGCCCACUGGCCUCGCCAAUGGGUAUGAUGCUCGAACCGGCCGUCAAUCUGGCCAUGGGCAGUCAAAGUUCCGAUCUCAACCAGCUCGGAAUACAACCGUACGGUAGCAGCAAAUCAUCUUCCCGAGCCGGGUACUCUUCCUCGUCCUCGCCGCCCCGUCCGGAGCAUCUCUUCCAGGAUCAGGACAUUGCCGAGCUGGUGGCUACGACACGAGGCACGGGAAGCACCGCCAGCGUUAGCAGCAUCACAAGCGGGGCUGGAAGCUGCACCGGUGGCUACAAAGAUUCCUCGCGACCAGCGCCCUCCAUCAAGGUGGAACCGAUGACCGAGUGUCGCGGUGACUAAUGGUAGUCGCCAGCUGCCCGGGUGAACUAGUUUUAGUUUAGUUUCAAUUCUGUUUUUUUCCGGCGCCCUUGGAUGGCACCAAAUUGUUUUUGCUUUAGUUUUAUCCGGCAGGAGAAAGUUUUUUUUUUCGUUCUAUUCAAACCAAUGAAGGUCAUCUGUGACUUGCUGUUUUAGUUGAAUUUGUAAACACAUUAUUUUAUCUACCCAUUUAUGUCAAAACUUUCUUUUCUUCGUUUGGAAUAAGAACUGAUUUCACACAUGUUAUUUUCUGCAGUAUGUGAUAUAUUUAACUUCAAAAUGAUGGGUACUAAAGUUCUAUUGAUAACCAGGCGAUAGAUGUAAACUAUGUGAAAGUUUUAUUUAUUUUUACUAAUAACUUUAAGCGGCAACGUAAACAGCAUUACAAACAAAAAUGUAAGCGAUAACACAAAUAACUAUUGAGCGUGCAAUAACAAUACCACGGAAUUUAUGAAAUUACGUUCCCCAGAGUGUUAACUUCGGGCUGACUUCUAGAUCUCCCCAGGAGAACGUGGUUAUUCAUGAGAAGUUAAUUAGGAUUGGAACGAAUGUUAUUUACUGAAUACCGGUCGGUGUUCAGCCGGCCGGACUAAGUAACAAAAUUAUGAUUUUCAGUAAAUCGAAAUCAAAGUUCGAAGCUGAGUAGUUUUAGUAGCUUUCAAUCAUUCUCCCCAAUUGUUUUUCUACAGCUCUAAGUCACUCUUUAACAAGGUCAUGUAAUUAUAUCGAUGGCUCCUAGUCCUCUCUGUAACCACCAAAUGUGGCUUCCAAAUGGGCUGAUUCCUCUUAGUGGCUCACAGGACGUGUUUUAAGGGGGGAGGAGCCUUUAUCAGAUCACGUAGAGUGUACAGCAAAAGGGAUACGUUGGUACCACUCCUUUGGCCGGGCAGAGCCAGAUAGGGAAGGAAAAUAGGAUGGGUUUUGUACCGCGGUGACCCUGAACUUGCACUGAGACAGUAUCACGACAGGGUUAUCGAAACGCGCACGGUUACAAAUAAUAAAACAAACUUUAUUUUCUACUAGACGGAUACAUUUGGUGAUGGACGAUAAAACAAUUGACUCAAUUCAUAACAAUAACAAAGGUAAACAACAACAAAUGACAGCCACAUUAAAAACACAUGUAUGCGCAUCUCCAGCAUCGCUCAGUGAUAGACAUGUAGGAAUGUGCGAGCCCUGCGGUCUAAGCUGCGUCGGAUGAACAACGUAUCCGAAGCGCGGCAAAAUAGAGUAGGCCACAACAUCUCCCCUCUUAAUACUUAGAGACGAAUGAACUGAAAAGUUUAAAGCCUCUUUAAUCCAACAUCAUCAUCAUCUUAAUAGAGAUGGUACGGGUCAAACCUUACUGGCGGUCUUCGUAGCUGUGAAGAGCGCCUAGGGAUAUUUACCACCGGUUCCACUUCGACAGCGGACUCGAACUCGGUCGAUGUUGGCGUUGUUGCUGAUGAUGAUGACGAUGAUGCUGAUGAUGGGAGCACAGCCGGGAUCUCGUGACGCGACGUAGACGUCGCACGAGCUGGCCCAGAACCUACCAUGGUUCUCUCAGCACUGGAGACUUUGAUGCGGGUGAAAAUGAUCCUGGUGGUUGGCUUGGUAGAUCCCAGGCAUCCAGCAGAAUGUCCAGCGACUGCAAAUGCUGGUUCGAGGUGACAUGCUCGGCGCAAGCUACUGGAUGCUUCGAACAGAUGCCGGAUCGAAUCUGUUCUUUCAUCUUCAACUUCGCUUUUGUUUUGGUGCACAAGUCACCUGUCACCUGGGCACCUGUCGACACUGGCGAUCAAGAUACGUGGCUGCAGAAUGUGUUCAUAGGUACGGACCAAAGGUUGAAACUGUCAACCAAAUCGGAUCCGAGUAACUACAGCGGCUUCUCGGUGACACGGAUGAGCUCACGUCGUGUGCUGCUUCCGAUUGUGAUAUCGCACUCGAAUUCCCCAUCGAGCGAUAGUAUGUCAGAUGCCGUCUUCGCCUUCACCGUUACUGAAGACAACGCAGGACUGCCAAUAUUUCGCCAAAUCUCCCUGCUGAUGACGGUGAUGUCUGAGGCGGUGUCGAGUUGCAGGCAAAUAUUUAUUCCAGAAAAGCCCACGGAGUGAAAUCCACCAUAAAUCCAACAUGGCGAAUUUGGCUUCCUGCCGGUGUCACUGGAAGGAUGUUUCGGUGAUUCAUGAUCGCGGUUUUCAUACCCCUUUCCACCAAACUUCCGGAUCGCUUGUACUUGGUCGUACGUGGACGGAAAUUCGAUCAUAGCGAUGUCGUGUUUCAAGUUGUAUAGGCGCUGACACUCCUCCGAAAGCUGCUCCAGCAUCACAUCGUUCCUCUCUUCGAUUUUCGUGCGCAGGCGGGUGCGAAUCUCGACGUCGUUCUCCGAUUUCAAGCUCCACACCUAGACCAAGCAAUUGAAUUGCUCCUCCGAGAGUUUACCCAGCUCAAACUCCACGCAAGCCUUGUUUACGAGGCAAGCGAAUGCGAAUGCGGCAUCGGUAGCGACGGCUGAUUACCGAUUCUUUAGCUCCGAACAGGCUCUUAAGCUUAGCCACGGUUUCCAGGAAGCUAAAUUUUUCCGGAAGUUUCGGUAAAAUUAAGCUAACAUACCGAUAGACGGAUACAUUUGGUGAUGGACGAUAAAACAAUUGAGUCAAUUGUUUUAUCGUCCAUAACAAUUACAAAGGUAAACAACAACAAAUGACAACCACAUUAAAAACACAUGUAUGCGCCAUGGUACGUAUAUGACAAGGUAGUCUGGACUGACUAGUGCAUCAGUAAGGCAAGGCGCAAAUUGAGACGCAUAUAGCGCGAGUAACUUGGCGCGAUAUAGCGCCUGUUUUUGUGGCUAAUGAAAACAGAUAGAACGGCGCAAAUUGGCCAGAUGACGCGAGAUGGUGUAGCGCUCGUGAGACACGACUCGCGCGACGCUGUGGCUGAACCACAGUUUCUCGUGCUGGUCAUGCCGGUUGUGGUAGUUGUGUUGGUGAACAAUCAUAUAACGCCGUGGGUUUGACACUGUAUGGCAGUACAGGUCGGGUGAUUGUGUUAGUAAAUAAAUAUAUCGCGCAACUCUGUGUUAAUCAGUCAUUGUAUGCGAGUGGCAUGUUAUUUACACCAAACUGCGACUCAAUAUGCGCUCCACCACGCUACGUUUGUGGCACGUAUGAGUUGUGUUGGUAGUCUCACGUUAGCUUACGAGCGCUAUACGCUUCUCAAUUCGCGCCUAGCCUAACAGUGAGGCUGUGACGUGUUAAGUAUCAUGGAGCGGUAUAAUGAAUUUGUCUAAAUAAGUUUAUUUAUUUUGUAUUUUAGCUAAAUGUAUACAUUUAUUCAUUGCUGCGUAAAGAUAAUCUAUUUAGAUUAUUUUUCUAAUCAAAACCUAGGGGAAAUUGUGGUUCGGUAAUUCAGAGUUUAGCUUCCUGAAGCUCUCUGUAGCUCUCCGAUAACUCCUACUGCAGUGCUUGAAUUAAGCUAUCAGAACUAGCAGAAUCACUAGGUUUUUCAUUAGAGUUGUUGAUAAUGCUGUUCUCGAUUUCAUUUGACGGAAUAUCCCUCUCGGGAUAGUCAUGUUUUGUCCCAUUAGAAAACUGGACAAUUUCGCGGAUGUUAUGGAUGAUUUAUGAUUUUUUACUCUCGCUUGAUGUCAAUUAAGACCUUUCGGCGAGCCGUCCGAUUUUGAUUUCCCGUGGCAUGAGAAUCGUUGGCCUUUCUGACAGUAGGAACAGCUAAAAAUAAACUGUUUUGUGUACUAAUUGUAUAAUCUGGAUUUGUUUAAAUUUACCUGUUGGUUCGACGAUAUUGUUCUUCCAAGCCAUCGAUAUGUACGAAACAAUCUGGACUGAAGUGAAGCGAGCAAAUGUAGGGUAAAUGAUCUUGGUUUGUCCAGUCGAAAAUAUGAUCAUGGUUUGCCCACUUUUUUGAAUGCUCUAAUUCAGCGCUCCUGUGUCAAAUAAGGCCUUCGAAUGUUUCGAAACAUAUAAAUGAAAUUGCCUUUUACAUGAUUUAUAGUAGUUUGAUAGUAUAUUUUUACGAAAUCACAUGUUUUAAAGGAUUUUAAAAUACACCUUCUAUUUGUGUCAAUGCGCCCCUCAUUCGAGCUAACUUUUAAUCGAUCACCAGAUGAUUAUUUGGCACGUAUUCAGACCUUUUCUGGAUUACAACACUUAUAAAUAUUGUAAACAUCAUGCUUGCUCACCAUUUGUAUCGGAUUUACAUAGCUAAACCAUUAAAUUAACGCAUUUUGAUGAACUCAAUUCUGAUCAUGAGUUGUCCAAUUCAAUAAUGUUGUUUUGUCCACAUGAUUUCUAUGGCAACCGCUUGGCGCGCUGCAGUUUAUUUAUGGUGUGCUUCGCGCAUAGCAGAAGUAUGGUUUUUCUGUGUUGAUUGUGUUGAGGUGAACACUUCUAAAAUGCCCAAGAAAAGGCAAUAUUCUGAAGAAAGCCUAAAUUAUGAAUGAAUCAAUAUGAUGACAGUAAACUCAAGCAAUGAUAAAUGCAACAUCUAAUUGUGAAUUCGAAUGUUUUCAUUCAAAAAUGAAGAUUUCUAAAACCGGACAAACAAUGAUAAUUUUUUUGGGCAAACCAUGAUCAGAGGUGGUCAAACCAUGAUCAUAAUUCUUCUUUAAGGAAAAUCGUUAAAAAACAUAAAAAUUUGAAUAAUUUCAACACCUUAUGGUAGUAUUAGCAACUAGAGACUUGGGGCUUUUCAACAAACCCAAACUCGUAUCGAUUAUGUGUGAUUUUCAUGAAGAAAAAUCGAUUUGCAUUUACUAGUUGCGUAAAAACACCCCAAAUUGGACAAACCAAGAUCAUUUACCCUACAUGCUUUUAGUAUUGCUGUUUAGGUCCUGUCCAAAGAAUCGAAGCCAUUUCUUCCGAACAGUCACAUCCAAUGAUAAUUUGUGGGAUAUGUUUUCAUAAUUCGAGAUGGACUCGAGCCCAGCUAUCAAUGACCGAACGCUCACGCAUCCGAAAAUAGAAAUAUUCUAUAUAUAUAUAUAUAUAUAUAUAUAUAUAUAUAUAUAUAUAUAUAUAUUCCUUCGCAGUCGAGCCGCCGUAAAAAAAACACUUUUUAAAUAAACACGGAAAUAACACAUCCUGGGUACUAGUUCCGUAAUUUUAACAUUAAUGUGGGAUAUGUUUUCAUAAUUCGAGAUGGACUCGAGCCCGGCUAUCAAUGACCGAACGCUCACGCAUCCGAAAAUAGAAAUAUUCUAUAUAUAUUCCUUCGCAGUCGAGCCGCCGUAAAAAGAUCACUUUUUAAAGAAACACGGAAAUAACACAUCCUGGGUACUAGUUCCGUAAUUUUAACAUUAAUGGCUCACUAACUCCUCUAUCUCACGUAUUAUUGACGUAUUUUCAAUUAAAAGUAGCAAAACAUGUAAUAUUCGCAACAAAAAAAAAACACUUGUUAUGAAUUGCUUUGCGAUCGCUGCUUUCCGCCAAAGCUAAGAUGUCAUAGGUGAGAGUGUAUAAGUGAAUCGUGUCGGACACACUCCGAGUCCAGGAUACCUUGUCAUAAACGUAAAGCCAGUUUUGAAGACAUGUCUUCAUUUUGAAGACAUUUGACUUACAGUGAAGACAUUUGAUUUUGUGAAGACUUUUUGAAGACAUUAUAAAAUAUGUGAAAACAUUUCAGUAUGAAAGCUUAUAUGAAUUUUUGAGAGAUAUUAUUUUCAUAAAUUUCUAACUAUUGGCCAGAGAGAUCGUCAAAAGAAGUAGGGCCUUUGUAUCAGUGUCAUUCGAUCGCUUUUUUAUCAGUGUCACAUGUUUACUUUUGUUCUUAUUAAUCAACAGAGACUUUUGCCUCGUUUUUGUUAGUGUUCAACUAGCAAUAAUCACACCUGGAUAAACCUCAAUGGUUACCUCAACCUCAACAACGAGGGACCUCUAAUGUCUCUAGAAGACAUUAGUUCAUUUGCACUAGAAAAUUUGAAUGAAUGUGAUAUUGUUAUAUAUUAUUAUUAAUUUGGACCUAUAUUAUACAAUAGAUUAACCUUUCAAACAACCACUUCACAAAACGAAGGUUUUCCGGUUACACACCUUUUCAAUAAUCAGUUUUAUGAGCUACAACCAAAACUUCAAAGCUGAAAUAAACAAAUUGAGCUAUCACAGUUCCGUUUUUGUGGAAAAACUGGGGCGAUAUUUACUCAAUCAACGGUAGAUCAAGCUAAUUAUCAUUUCUAAACUCACGCAAUUUAGUUCGCAGUUGUGAAAUAUAUUCGCUUGGUCCACUCUGUCUGAAUAAGAUAUAAUAAUGUAUUCGAUCAACUUUUCAAUAACUAUGAACAGCACAUACACGUCAAUAUGAAUUACUCUUCCGUGUUCAUUGAAGGACAAGGGGGAAAAUCUUCCGGUGCGGAGAAAUCCAACAUUUCAUUUGAAAUUCUUUCCAUUUUCUGGUUGUCAGAAAAACGUGGCUUCUCACCAGUCACUAUGGUCGUAUGCACUUGAUCCACUCUGACUGCAUACUAUUGUCGGCCUUGAAGAUAAAGUUAUGCCAUAAACCUGGCUGUUUGCAACAUAAGUGUGAUCUGAUGAAAGUAGAAUUCUUGAUUGUUAGCUACUAUUAUUUUGUUACUUAGUCCGGUCUAACUGAACACCGACCAUAUGUCAACGUCAUUCGUUCGAGAGAGAGAGAGAGAGAGAGGGAAAAUGAAACAACAGUAGACGAAUGAAUAACGAAGUCAGCAAAACUUCCAAAAAAUCAACACCCAGUAAAGUCAAGUGAUGCAGUCCAACGGGAAAAAGCGUAAAAAUAUUUAAUUAAUGAAAGCGUAACAUUUUUUCCUUUUUUUCGAAAUUUGGAAAUGAAGAAAAAUGUACAAAAUACAACUUUUACGGCAAAAGAGAAAACAACAAAAGAAAAAGAGAGAAAGAUAGAAAUAAAACAAAUGUAUAUUUAGAAAUGCCUUCUUGUCAAGUGGAACGCAACCUCCAUAAGUGAAAUUUAUAUAGUAAAAAGAAACUACAUUUUUAGGCAAAAGAGCGAAAUUUAUGUGAGAAAUACAAUGUUUGGCCCUAGAUUGUAUUUUGAAGCGAGCAACCAUUUGAUGAAACAAUUUUAUUUUAGCAAAUGUUGGGAAAGUUUUUUUGUUAGAUUUAUUUUUAAUUGUUCCUUUCUUCUUUUAGAAAGACCAGUUUAUGUCCCUGGAGGAGACAUCUUCGUGGUGGAAAAACACCCCCACCAACACUAUGUGAAAGAAACAGAGAAAGAGUAAUCAACAGAAGGCAUAUUUUUGGCACUCAAGUUGAGAGAGACAGCAAGAAAAGAAAGGUGGGCGGCGAAUUCUUACGCAAAAAAAAACAAGCACAAUGUUUCGGAACAUUAAAGUUUUGGCAAAUACCAUUAUAUUGAAUCGAUUAUUUAGGCAAAACAUACUAAAGAGAGACAAAACAAACAAACAACCUUUUAGAGUAGCAAAAACAUCUAAAACGUUUCGGCCAAUGUGUUCAAAAAUGAAGCAAAAUUUAAGAGAUACAAAAAGAGAGUAAAAUAUAUUUAAAUUAAUUAAAGGAAACAAAAAUUUUAGACGAAAAGUGCCUUCCACCCCUUUUUAUGAGAAGAAGAAUUUAAUAUAUAAAUUACUUUUAAAACGAAAGCACAAAAACAGAUAGUGAAACGAAGAGAACAUGCAUUAUGGAGGUGAACGUAAACUGUUUUUAUCUUUAAAUAUAUUUUAACAUCAAAAUUAGACCUUUCGGCAAUUGUUAACGCUUUUAGGUUCGAAGGGAAAGAACCAUCGCGUCGCGAUGACUCUCCGGUAAUGAAAUUGCUUGUUUACGUUGGAAAGAAUUUAAGUUCCCGAAGAAAGAGAGAGAGAGAGAGGUUGUGUCAACUCAUCAAUAAUUUCUAGAGACAGGAUCAAGUGCGGAAAAUUCGCACUCAAUAUCCACUGAUCAAACAGCAAAACGAAAUAACCAAACAAAAAUAGAACAUGGAGGAAAUAGAAUUAACUUGAUUUCUCACCCUUUCACCAAUAUUAAAAUUCAGAAAAGUAUCAGCAAAACAUAAUAUUGAUGUACUUUAAUAGUUCAUACCAAACCAAACUGGCAUAUGAAGAUAUAAUCACACCCAAUAGACAGCAGAAAACAACAGCAGUGGCGCAUAAUAUUACAUUCUUCGAAAACAUUAUUUGAUACUGAUAAUUGGACGCGAACGAUCACUAUUUUAACAAAAAAAAAACUGAAGAAUAACUACGAUUAUGUAAGAUACCGUAACAAACAAAAGAGGAGAAAAAAACAUGAUUAAAAUUAUUGAAAAAGAUAUUUACUAUGUCAAAAUCAGAAACCACGCCAGAAUUGAAGCGAGUGGAACCGAGGAUCCGUUUCCCUAAUCUUCCCCCACACAGACUCGUUUAAGUUACACAGCAACGUGAACGCUCUAGGCAUGACUACAUGAUCUCAGACAAAUUUGGUUCAACCAUAGCCAAAACUCAUCUUAUCUUCAAUAAACAAACCAUCCAAUCCUCUCCGUUAGCCUCGGUUCCCACCGGACAUACCCUCUCCUAGUAAACUAACAUAGUGGAAUACAGAAAAAUAAUUCCCAAAACGAUAAAAACAUGAAUCACUAGCUAAAGUCUUAUGUGUAUUGUGUAAAGUGAAAUAAAAUACUAAAAAAAAUGAGUGCGCGGCAAAGCUGUAUUCGCCCACGCACAGAAUAGUGACAGCUGGUCAAGCGCAUUGGUUCUAAAUAAUUGUAGCAGGCAUUCCAGAAAGCAACUUUCUUGCGGAAGCAGCAUCCUCACCUCGGUUGAUUCCGGUUGAUGAGACGACGUGACCACGUCGGUGUCAACCAAAUACAGAAAACCCUCCCCCACACAUACAUAGCGCAGCGCAGCAAACAAAAACUGUUAUAGACUAUUAUAAUUUACCAAUCUUGUAUAGCAGCUACCACGACCGUGACGCAAUAGAUUUUUGUUAACUCAAUUCAAUCUGUACAUUUUUUUAAAGUAAACAUUUACCAAGUGUAAUUUAUUACCCCCUAACAUUAAUCACUACCUUAAGUAAGCUAAAUAGAUCAAAAACCUAUAGACCGAAAAGAAUAAAUCAAUGAAUAACGCAAAGUAGAAAGGCGGGAAAAAAGAACUACCUUCACGCUCAGAUUUAACAAAUUAUUUAUGAACUUGAACAGAAGCUAUACCCCCGUGGAGCUGAACUGAAUGCGGGGUUUUUUCCGGUUCCCUAACAAGCCCAGCUUGGUUGAUAGUUUGAUAGCAGACAGACUCGCAAUACAUUCAACACAGCACUAUCAUCUCACUACUGCGAAACCGGCAAUAGUUUUUCCAUUGACAAUGAAUUCUGGAAAAUCCGGCGGAAGGUGUAGGGGUAACGAAUCACGUGAGAAGUUUCGGAAGUAAGAAGAAAACGUCACAACAGAUAGAGAGAAGAGAAGAAGUGAGGAAUCAACCUAAAUACUAAAGAUAACACGAAGUAAGAUGAAAAGAAUUUAAGAAAAAACCGUGGUAAAAAAAAACACAAACACAAUUUAUCAAUAAUCAUUAGUUGGCUAUUUGUCACAGUGUACCAAUUUAUUCGAUAUGAAAUAUAGUUUAAAA